AUGGCAGUCUCAUCUUCUUCACCACGAUUACAUUUCGAACCGGAUUAUGUACCAUUACCUACCUCCCCCGAUAAUGUAGAACAAGCCUCUGCGCCAUUAUCAUCUUCGACCGCUCUCGCACGCUUUGAAUUCGAAUCCGGUCGAGGAAAUGAAGGAACCAAAAUAUUGAUGGUAGAAUGGGAAGAUGAUACUACAGAAGGAUCCACCAAAAAUAUGGGAGAUUGGGAGGUAUCAUGGGAAGGAAAAAGUACCGUUUUAUCGGCACGAGAUGGAGCAGAAGGGAAACUCCAUCGACUUUACUUUUUACUAGCUCCCGGUGCCAGCAUACCAAGAAUCAUAAAAUUAUCACAAGUGGGAGGAAAAACCAUUCAAACAAAUCCCUUGCCCGCGAUAUUCCCACCCGAAUUAGGAUUGACUGCGCGACAAGCUGGACGAAAAGGUGUAUUGCAUACGAUCUGGGCAAAGAAGAGAAUAUCUGUUCUGCAAAGGGAGAUUGAAGAAGAAAUGAAAACAAAUGGGGAGGGGGUAGGUUUGGAAAUGGCUAUACAAGAAAGACAAUGGAUAGAGGAAAACUUUGGGGUUGGACCAAAAAUUACACAACGGGAUAUACAACAUAAUGCUACACCAGCUAGUCCAAAAACACCUGGUGGUGGAAGGUUAUCCGAGAAGCUUAAGGGGUUGAAAUUGGGAACUAGUGCACAAGACCUGAGUAAUGUUCCAGAACCUAAAUUCGAAAGUCAUUUAAAUCCAUUGUCUCCCGAACAGGGUGAUGUCGCCGUAUCAUCAUUCUCUUCAUUUCAUGGAGCAACUGUUCGCCCUCAACCACUACGUCUUGUCGCUCAACAUCCACCGAAUCAUACGUUACAAUCAGGAAUGAAUUCUUUGAACGCUCUUGCGAUUGGUGGUAUACCACAAAAGACCUCUGAUGAAGAUCAAACGGAAGAUGAAUUAUUCGCCGUCAAAAUGAGUCCAAGAAGUCCGGAGAUGACCAAAAGUCCUUUUAGUUUCGCAAUCAAGGAUGUAGCUUUGAGCAUGGCUCAAAAGGAAUAG